GUCGUGCGGAGGCGGCGGCGGCCAUGGCGGCGGCGGCGCUGGUGGUGAACGGGGCGGACGGCGGCGCGGGGCUGAAGGCGGCGGCCGGGAUGUACGAGCAGCUCAAGGGCGAGUGGAGCCGCAAGAGCCCCAACCUCAGCAAGUGCGGCGAGGCGCUGGGACGCCUCAAGAUCGCUCUGCUCGACCUCAACUUCUUACCCACCACGGGCACCAAACUCACCAAGGCACAGCUCAUCCUGGCCCGGGACAUCCUGGAGAUCGGGGCUCAGUGGAGCAUCCUGAAGAAGGACAUCCCGUCCUUCGAGCGCUACAUGGCCCAGCUCAAGUGCUACUACUUCGACUACAAGGAGGAGCUGCCCGAAUCCGCUUACAAGCACCAGCUGCUGGGGCUGAACCUGCUGUUCCUGCUGUCCCAGAACCGCGUGGCCGAGUUCCACACGGAGCUGGAGCGGCUGCCGGCCAAGGACAUCCAGAGCAACGUCUACAUCAAGCACCCCGUGUCCCUCGAGCAGUACCUGAUGGAAGGCAGCUACAACAAGGUGUUUCUGGCCAAAGGGAACAUCCCAGCCGAGAGUUACACCUUCUUCAUCGACAUCCUGCUCGAUACCAUCCGGGACGAGAUCGCCGGCUGCCUGGAGAAGGCCUACGAGCAGAUCCUGUUCCCCGAGGCCACUCGCGUCCUCUUCUUCCCCUCGCCCAAGAAAAUGGCCGACUACGCCAAGAAGAGGGGCUGGGUGCUGGGUCCCAACAACUGCUACGGCUUCAGCCGGCGGCAGCAGCGGCCCGAGGAGGCUCCGAUCCCGGCGCCGGAGCUGGCGGCGCAGGUCAUCGAGUACGCGCGGCACCUCGAGAUGAUCGUCUGAGGGGCCCCAGACACACUCAUCUUCCUUCCUUCCUCCAUUUUCCCCCUUUUCCUCCUUUUUUCUCCAUUUUUCGCUCUUCCCGCCCUUUUUUUCCCGCCUUUUCUUCUCUGAGGGGAAAAGGGGGACACGGGGGGUGGUGGGCACACACUGUGGUCAUCUGAGGGGCCACAGACACACACAUCAUCCUUUCUUCCUCCAUUUUCCCUUUUUUUCCCCUUUUUCCUCUUUUUUUGUCCAUUUUUCGCUCUUCCCGCCCUUUUUUUUUCCCGCCUUUUCUUCUCUGAGGGGAAAACGGGGUCACAGGGGGUGGUGGGCACCCAGCAUGGUCAUCUGAGGGGCCACAGACGCACACAUCUCCCUUUUUCCUUCUUUUUCUCCCUUUUCCUCUUUUUUCCUCCAUUUUCUGCUUUCCCCGCCCUUUUUUCCCCGCCCUUUUUUCCCCGCCCUUUUUUCCCGCCCUUUUUUUCCCGCCCUUCUCUUCCCCGAGGGGAAGGGGGGCCGGGGGGGUCUGUGGGACCCCACCACGGACAUCUGAGGGGCCACAGACACACACACACCCCCUUCCCCCCCACAUUUGCCCCUUUUUCUGGCCUUUUCCUCCUCUUUCCCCUGUUUCCGUCUGUUCCUGCUCUUCGGGGCUCGGCCCUGUGUCGGUGCCGGGGGCUCUGGGGCUCGGUGCCCCCUGUGGGGAGGGGCUGUGGCGGGUUCAAUAAAGCCUGUGGCUUCUGCCA